AUGAGCAAGCAUACGAACGUUAAACGCCACAGGAUGGGUGGUCAUGAUGCGGAAGAGCUGAAGAACUUCUGGGAAAAGGUCAUCCAAGAGCAAACUAAGCAACAAGAAGCUGAAGAGUCCAGGUUAAGCAAAAGUGCCCUGAACAAACUUCGCCAYGAAUGGACUCUGCGGCUGGAAGGUCGAGUCAGGCAGGUCCAGGCGCACAUGAAAACCCAGGAUGGACAAAUGACGCCACUCUCUAUCGAGGCUCUUCCCUCACCRGAUAAAACUGUUGCUUAAAGUUGCUGUGCAAACUCAGCAAGCAUUGGGCCUGAUUCUGACUUUCUGUAUGCACAUGUAAACCAGCAAUUACACUGCUGAACAACCAAAAGGUCAGAUUCUGCCCCUUUUCCAAACUAUUUACUAGAGCUACUACUAAAGUCCUAUUGAAAUUCAGUGCAAGAAAAAUGCCACAGGAAAAAGAGCACAAAGGAAGAGAUGAGAAGCAGACAAUUCUAAUUUUCCAUGAUAUAUUGUUACUGUGUUGUAUCAGGACUCUUAUCUAACUGCAUUUUCAAGUGACACCAAUGUACUGCUAAGAAACGGGGUGGCUUGUUUAAUAGGAAUAAUAUAUUCAGAUAGCUGCAUGCAAAAAUGCRUAUUUCCAUUUACUCAGAUCACAGAGUCUGGCUUAAUGCAGACAUAAGAUUUUCUGUCUCUUGAUGAGCCACAGUGGAAGGAGUUAAGGAUUAGCCUGAUCAGCUGGCCAGGAGGAGAAAUAGACUCUUUAAUGGAAUGGAGGGGAAAGAACUUUUCUGAUCAAUAUGUAAGAACACUUACAGAUCUUAAUAAUUAAAUGAACAGAGAAGAUGACUUUGGCUUUCUUGGAGUAGGUGAAUAAAAGACUACUGAGUUUUUGAGCCAGUUUGACAAAUAUUAGAGUAGUAAGAGCAAGUCAGUGUGAGAGUUUGAAAUGGAGGGCAGCAAGAGAAAGUCAGUGUGAGAGUUUGAAAUGGAGGGCAGCAAAAUCAGAUCAUCAAAACAGCACAGAAAUACAAUGCAAAGUUUCACUCGCCAUGCCUGGGGUGCACUAAUCCUAAAAAUUGCUGCAUCUUCUUCUGGGUUAGGYGAAGCAGAGGCAGGAAAAACUAAGCACAGGGUAAUAACAAUGUUCCCUGAUUACCUGUACGUCCAUGCAUCUAAAUACCAAUCUUUUAGAUUAAGCCAUUUAUUUCUUAUCUCUUCAAUUAAUCUUUGUUAUGCAAGAGAAAAUUCRUAAGUCUAAACAGCAGUUUGUCUCUAACAGUAUUAUGCCAGAUAGAAAUUUACUUUGACUCUUUGCUCAUACUAAAGAAGUAGAUAAGAACACAUUUGAUAAAUUUCAAAACAGAACAAAAACCACUUKAACCUCUCAUAAAUGGUUUUUUUGUCCUUCUAAAACAAUAUUUAAUUAAAACACAAAGUUUUACUGAAUGUUCUCACCUUUUCAAAGUGAUAUUCUCCCACAGAAAAAGAAAAAGCUAUCACAUAAAUGUUGUUAUUCCAUGAAGGAUUAAAGCAAUUAAAAUUUUAUAAAAUGUUUUUCUGAUAGUGAAAACUCAAGGGAUUGCAUUAUCAGUUUCUUUUCAUAAAAACUGACCCAAAAAACAUGCAAUUGUUUCAAUGGCUGUUUUACAUUAGAAAAGCAUUGCUGAAAAAUAAUAAAGYUGUAGCUGCUUUUG